AUGGCUGGCAAAUUCUACUUUGUAGUAGCGUUAGUGUGUAUAGUGCCGAUUGUUUACGCUUGUAACGAGGCUAUUUGUGCCAGUGUGGUGUCAAAAUGUAUGCUGACCCAGUCAUGUAAGUGUGACCUGAAGGAUUGUUCCUGCUGCAAGGACUGUUUCAACUGCCUCAGCUACUUGUACAGCGAGUGCUGCAGUUGUGUUGACAUGUGUCCGAAACCGAAUGACACACAAACGGAAUUAUCCAAGACGUCAUAUGUGGAGGAAUUAGCAGAUGGUGUGCCUGGACUCUUCGCUGCCCUCACCAGUGACCCGGACCCUCAACAGAGGUGGCUGUCCAUCACAUACCCAGUAGACAUUGAUUUAUCAGCUUACAGAGCAGUUCCAGAGAAAACAGUUGUUUUCCAUUUACAGAGCGUGGAACAGGAGUCGGAGCCAGUGAGCCGGGACAUCGUGACUCUGAACUGCACCGUCGCGUACAUGUCGCAGUGCAUGUCCUGCGACAAGUGCCGCGCGUCCUGCAGGUCCAUGGGCGCUAACAGCUUGAGAUGGUUCCACGACGGAUGCUGCGAGUGUGUGGGAGACAAAUGUUUAUCUUACGGGAUCAAUGAGAGCAGAUGUCUGGCAUGUCCAGGCGGCAAGGAGACCACAGUGAAUUCUCUGGACGAGGACCUUACUUAUGAUGACCUAGACUACGGCGAAGAGGUCGACGCCCAAUCUGUAUAA